AUGUCGCUCAGCGCCGCGACCCUACGACUUACGACUACGCCUGUUGAAGAGCUUCCUCAAAUAGCGGCGUAUCUCGCGUCUGCUCUGGGCGAAAGCAGUGCGCUCUUAUCUGCACCGGAAAACCAAAAAAGGGCGGCAGGUGCAUCGGAUGCUACGUUGCUUGUCACCAAACUGAAGGCCCGAAUCACCAGCUUGCUGCAAGACAAAACCGCUGAAGGCCGAUGGACUGCGGUUAUCUUGGUGAAGGCUACGGUGGAAGCUGGGCAAUGGGAGGUACUUCGUGGCUGCGAGCCAUGGGUGCGGGCACUGUUGACGAUCCUCGGGGUAUGUUCUAAGUGGAAGUCAGGCGGCUCCAGUAGUAAACGGUCCGCUGAUUCAGAAUUGCAUAUGCAGAAACCAGAUCCCGCGUCUACGAAGAAGCUAUCCCUCAUCACUUUGACUCGGAUCUUUCAGCUUACCCAACAGUAUCCGACAUUAAUACGAGAAAUCACCACACCCGCUUUGCCAGUGUUUCUCGCGGCAUGCUUGAAUCUUAUAUCAGUCAAGUCUACACAGGAUGGGCGUAGAACAUUAAAGACAAGCAAUUCAUUGCUUAUUCCGGUCUUUGAGUCAUUCUCAGAAUUGAUUCCGCGCCAUCCUACAAUUUUCCGUCCCUUCUCUGCUCAAAUUCAUAGCUUAUUGCUUCCCCUAAUUGGGUCAAUCGGCUCUUCUACUUUUGUUCCUGAGCCAUACGUGCCUUUGGCGCAGAAAUUAUUCGUCGCUUUGCAUCAUUGCGCCCCGAAAAAUUCUUCUGGAGAGCAAUGGCUUAUCGCGUUUCGUUCUACAAUACGCUCCAUUCAUCGCACGGGGGAUCAUCUGUUUCGGAGCGUCAAGGAACAAUGGGAAUCGACAGACGCUGAAUUACGCCUGUCUUUGAAUUCGAGAAGUCAUAGCCAGCCUCUUGGUGAUGAUGGCCCAGAUCCACUCGAGCUUGGUGGGUGGAAUGGUAUGCAAGAAGGUGCUGGUCGAAUCAUCAGCCUUGUACGCCUACUAUCCCAAUUCUUUACGUUGUGUACACACUCUUCCGUGGCAAUACCCAUAGGAGCCGUACUCGAUCUUACUGCUCGAUUAAGCUCUCUAAGUGUGCCUAUCUCUGAAACAGAGACUGAGUUUCAUCUGGCCAACCGAGAAAUUGGACGAGACGAGAGAGAAGCACUGUUCACUGAACUCCCCAAAAUUUAUGCUUCUACCCUGCAUCUUAUUCGUACGGUCGUUGAAACCCUUGGAGUAAGCAGCGCAUCGGUUGCUCGGCAUUGCCUCGACCAGGCUCUACGUAUAUUUGAGACAUCGAACAAGAAUAAAACCGUUCGAACAGCUGCAUAUCGGUGUGUGAACGUUAUAAUAGAUGUUAUCGGGCACACGUUUACUAAAAAUGAGCUGUCUAUUGUGGCGCAAGUGAUACAGCUCGCUUGCAAGGAUUUGCUUCCUCUGCAUCAGACUAGAAGCAUAGACUCAAAAGAUAUCCGGCCAAAUACUAAAAACACUCAAAUUUCCAUUAACGCCGAUGUAUUUUUGGGUGCUACUUCUAGUUCGAAUGCUUUGCGCCUUCAGCCACUGAGUCUUCGUGGGGUUCAGCAUGCAGCCGCUCAAAUGCUGAUAAGCGUCUUUACGUGUGUUUCGCCGGAUCUUAUUCCCCUAUCCCUCCGUACGGAACUUGAUCGAACGGCUAUCUUAUGUGGACAUUCGAAGCUCAUGAUGGCCAGCGUGCUCAACCCUAUUCCACCCAUUGGCAAUAAGCGUGGCCAUGCUAGUAUUGUUCCGUUCCUUGCGAGAUGCAGUCCAUGUCAACUUGAUGUUGAAGGGCUUCUGAGACCACGCAUGCCAGUUAUCCUAAGUGGAGCAGAGAGGGCAAAUUUCAAUGAUGCAAUUCAGCAGUCAAUAGGCAUGGAGCCCGACACCUCGGAUGCGAGAAAUAGUGAUAUUGUUGAUGCCUUCAGUGUUUCGUCUCGAAACGUGUUAAUGGAUUCAAUCCCGAAAUCAUUUGGCUCCCAAGUAGUUCAGGUGGAGACUAAAGGUAUCAAGAGGUACCACGAAGCCGAGGGUGAAAACCGGUUCACUGAGACUCAGCCAAGAGCCUUUUCCCCAGAGAAAAAGCCUCGGGUUGAUACACCUACUACUAUUGUCCCUAUAUCGAGUGUAGAAGGCGCCUUACAUCAGCACCCUGCUUCGAGUGAUGCUCAGGCUUCAAACCAGCCACUUGAAAAUUCCCCAGAACCUUUAUCAAUUUUAGCAAAAGAAAAAUCUCCGGUCGUUAGCAGCGGUUUCCUCCUACAGGAUCCACAAAACCAGCUGCUUGGUCAAAGCGUUCCAGCUACCAUGACCCACAAUGAAGAGCAAACUGCAAAGAGCGAUGCUGACAUGGCGAGUGACGAUGAGAUUCCACCACUAAAUAUUGAACCGGACACUGAUGAAGAUGACGAUUCCUCCCUAUGA